AUGAUUGUCUCCCCGCUCCACUCCACCGCGAUGAUAAAUCAAGUUCGGCUCAUCAUUGCUCACCGUUCGUGGAAGCCUGGACCGGCGCCGGUGAACCUUUUGAUGCCACCGGAUCCACCAGAUCUUGCGCGUGAGUACACAAAGUCUCUCCAAUUGCCUUUGUGGUUUCAAUCAUGUUGCUUACUCACCGCUCCCUCGCCUCCAUUUCUUUCUCCGACGGCUCUUUAUCCACCGUUGGCAAGAGCCACUUCCUCGCUCAGAUCUUACACUGACGACUUCGUAGAAGUCACUCUCCUCUCCGCCAAUCUCCCUCUCAUCUUUCAUGGGAUCUGCUCUGGUAUGAGGAUUCACACGGCGCUGGUUUGUUUCCGGUCACCCUUUGCGACGUGCCUCCAUUACUCCGGCCUCUCACCGCCGCCGCCCCCUACCCCCUCCUUCCCCAGCGGAUCAAAAUUUCAAAUAACCCCACUGCUUGACCUCAAUUUUCAAAUAACCAUGAAAUAA